AUGAGAAAGGUAUUGGAUGAAGCCAAGAAAUGCUAUGCGGAAGAAGUUGAUGAUCAGCUGAUUGAACAGAUGUUGGUGAUUGAUGGUUGUUUCAUACUAGAACUUCUCUAUGUUAAUUACCAUGGGAAGCCCAAUGAUGGCAUUGAUCCUAUUUUGGAUAGUAUUCUGAUGCCCAUCUACGUUCGACAUGACUUGCUACUGCUUGAGAGCCAGCUUCCGUUCUUUGUCCUCAACAAACUGUUCGACCUCACCGUGGCUCAUAUAGCUGGUGCACGGCAAGGAACUCUUACUGACUAUGUCAUUCCAUAUUUUGGUAACAUGUGGGAUUCAGGAAACAACAGAACAACACUACCACUACCACCACCACCAAAGAACAACGAAUAUUGUCAUAUCCUUCAUAUUCUACACAACCACUAUGCAAAACCACAAGAACAAAACCCAGGCAGCCUGGUCAUGCCUUGUGCAUCAGACCUCGAUUAUGCAGGAGUCAAGUUUAGAGUAGGUACUGAGGUCAGGUUUCAGAAUCCUGAAGGUCCUUUUGAUAGAGCUUAUUUUGAAAUCCCAAAGUUGAAGCUAUAUGACUCCUCCGAGCCAUUCUUGAGAAACCUCAUUGCUUUUGAGCAGUGUUGCCAUGGUGAUGUUAUCAAACGUUACUUCGCAUCGUAUGCAGUCCUUCUGGAUACACUCAUAAACACUCAUAAAGAUGUCCAAGUGCUUGAAAGGGCUAAAAUCAUAGAUAACUACUGUGUGAGUGAUUUUCUGACCACACUGUCAACUCAGUAUUCAUCUGGAAAGCAUUGGCAAAAUAGAUAG